UGUCAACGUGAUGCGUCUACUUACUCCCACAAAGUACUUGACAGCUCCACAACAUAGCACGCUCCGGAGCGGCUCUCACCUGGCCGCACUUCGACUGUUUCGCCACCUGUUUUUCGGAUGAACACUGGAGGAGAGAUGGCUUCUCAGGAUACCUUUAACGAAUUGGGGUGCAGCUCGUCCGAGGAGGAAAGUAACCGUGCGGAGGGGAAGGAGGAGAAGACCUCUCCGGUGGUGCGCCGGCACCAUCCGUUCAGUGUGGAGGCGCUGAUGUCCGGCAUGAAGACGAACACUCGCAGCGGGGAGUCAAUCCGCUGUAAACCGGAGGGAGGCUCGGUGGCGGUGUCUCCUACAGGUCUAAAUUCCCUGUUUCUGUGUCGAGAGACGUGUGGUUCUCCCGGAGGAAUCCGAAAAAGCUUAACAGCUUCGUCGCCGGUUAAGUCCGAGGCAUCCGAGUCAGAGGACUGCACGCCCUGGGUCACUAACGGCGCGUUUUCGACACAGCCUCGCCCUGGCGGCCCUGGCUGCCCGUUGAGGAAACACAAGACCAACCGAAAGCCUCGCACUCCCUUCACCACAUCUCAGCUCCUGGCCCUGGAGAGGAAGUUCAGGCAGAAGCAGUACCUUUCCAUUGCAGAGCGGGCCGAGUUCUCGUCCUCCUUGACCCUGACAGAGACCCAGGUGAAGAUCUGGUUUCAGAAUCGCAGGGCAAAAGCCAAGAGGCUCCAGGAGGCCGAGCUGGAGAAAUACAAGAUGGCUGCAGACGCUAAAACGGUGGCAGUGGCGGCCGCUGCUGCUGGAGGUUUACACCCUGGCUUUACGUUACCACUAUCGCUGGGCAUGUCACUGUAUGGACAGUCGUACUCUGCCUACCACCAUCACCACAGACCCCUACUGCCCAUCUCACCUUUAGGACUGUACGCCUCUCCUCUGGGCUACAGCAUGUACCACUUAUCAUAAAAAUGGAAAUAUAACUGACUAUGGUGAAAUGUGUUUCAGUGGAUUCCCAAAAAUGGACACAGAGGACGUCUGACAUUUUAAAAAUCAAUGUUUAUAAUAUAUCUACUGCAUAAGGAGUGUUUGAAUGCACUUUCUGAGCACUUCAAGUCUAAUAAGAAAUCUAUUUUUUCCUACAUCAAGGAUAAAAGCAGACUUAGAUGUCCUCUGGCCCCUUUGGACUGCCUGUUUACAUGACUUGUCUUUAAGAAGAGGGGCGUUGCUGUCCGGCUGUUUGUACUCUUCACUUGUUUACUUCUGCAGUAAUUGAGCUGGGCGAGGACUUGCACACAAAAAUACAAAGUACAACUUUUUACUCAAGCCUUUCUUCUCUUCAUUCGAUACAGUGCCUUGUGAUGAAAAGAGCCUUAAUAUCAAAAUAAUUUGCGCACUUGUGUGAAUGAUGAGUGUUUCAGCAACUCAGGCCAAAUAAAACAUAUAUCUCUGAAGCACUCUUUCAAUUCUACAAAAGUGUCUGCCUUGAAAAACUGCUCCAGGGAAAGCGUACUAAUUCAGGUAGCUUUCUAAGACAGGAAGGUUUAAACCUCAAAUUAUCGAUCAAAAUAAAAACUUUACACUAACUUUUCUCAUCUCUUGUAGCAAUAAAAAAACAAUCCUAAACUCCAUAAUUUCCUUUUAGAGAGCGUGGACAUAUUCUCUUUCUAUAAUUAUGCUGGAAUGUAUGAAUGUCUCAUGUUGUGUAUAUAUGUGAGAAUAUGGUAAAGGUUCUAACCAAAAAUGUAUUUAUAUUGUUCUUCCCUUUGAAAGGGCAUAUAUUGUGCUAUGCAAUUUAUAUUUCCCCCCCCAAUGUUUAUUAUUCACAUGAACAAAACAAUUAAAGCUUUUAAGACUG